CAACUAACACUGGGUGCCAGACAGCCAGCCAGCUGCUUCGACACGCUUUUAGUUAUUCGUAGUUCGUCGUUGUGGACGUUUUACCCAGCAGACAGUGGUCCGUUGAAAUAUUACAACACGCAAUUGUUUUUGAUUCGUGUGUGUGUGCCUUUAAUAGCCGGUAAAUAAAAAAACAAGAAACAACAAAAGAUAAAAACAACGAAUAAACAAAGCACAAAGGAAAGCCAGUAAUAGACCGUCCGACCGACCAAUAAAUGUUCGACGGCAAUAUCAGAAAAUAAAGAAGAAAAAAAAAUAAGAAACGAAAACAUAUUUGUGCAUACAUACGAUUUGAGAAAAGAAGAAAAAAAAAAAACAAUUAUUGCCUACGUAGUAUAUUUUUGAAAUUCGAAGAAGAAAUUUCAAGUGAAAUAAAUAGCCAAACUCAGAAGAUUUCUAAGGAAUUCCAGUGAUCAUUGAAGUCCAAGACAAUUUCACAAGUGCCACCACCACAGUAUCAGAUACGAUUAUAAAUAUUAUUUUUUGGAAUCUAGUUUUUUGAUUGUAUUUUAAAGAAAACAACAACAGCAACAACAUGUAUCCAUUUGGUUCCGGCAUGCCACAACCACAUCCUCCCACAUCAACGCCUGGUUACAAUCCACAACCGGGUAUGUCAGCCGGUGUACCAUUCGGUGCGGGUUGGGUGGCGCCCACCCAACACCCACAUCAACAACAACAACAACAGCAGCAGCAACAACCGACAAAUUCUCAUUAUCCAUCUGCCGCCACACAUCAUGCUCCCUAUCCUACAAACAAUGCACCCUAUCCUCCCACUAACACAGCACCAUACCCCACAACUAACUCAGCACCCUAUCCCACGGCUGGUCCCUAUCCUCAUGCAACACCUUAUCCCAGCAACAAUGGACAUCAGCCGUCACCCUAUCCGGGAUCCUCAUAUCCUCACAAUCCCCAUCAAACACCCUAUCCCACAUCGACAGGUUCACCAGCUCAUUAUCACAAUCCAUCAUACGGACAGGCACCACCCACACACCCCACAUCAUACAAUCCCAAUCAUGGCUAUACACCGGUUCGUACCUCAAUGGGAUUAGAAUCGCCGGCUGGCAAUAUCCAACACUGUUUCGAAGAGUUGGCCCAGAGGCAAGGCCAUCCCAUACAACAUCACUACUCCACUGCUCCACGGAGAGAGGGAACCCCAACUGUAUUCCCAGCCCAAAACUUUGAUCCCGUCAAGGAUGCCCAUGACUUACGCAAGGCCAUGAAAGGCUUUGGCACCGAUGAGGAUGCCCUUAUCAACAUCAUUUGCCGUCGUUCCAAUGAACAGAGACAGGAAAUCCAACGUCAGUAUAAAACCCACUUUGGCAAAGAUCUUAUUGAGGACAUUCGCUCCGAGACAAGCGGAAAUUUCGAAAAACUGUUGGUUGGCCUUUUGCGUCCCAUUGUCGAUUACUAUUGUCAUGAGCUGAACGAUGCCAUGGCUGGCAUUGGCACUGAUGAAGAUGUGCUCAUUGAAAUUUUAUGUACUCUAUCGAAUCAUGAGAUUCACACGAUUAAAAAUCAAUAUUUAAGAUUAUAUGGUGCCCAUUUGGAAUCGGAAUUGAAAUCCGAAACAUCGGGAAAUUUCAAACGUCUCUUGGUCUCGCUGUGCACUGCGGCCCGCGAUGAAAGCGGUCAUGUUGACCGUGCUGCUGCCCAGAGUGAUGCCCGUGAAUUGCUCAAGGCUGGUGAGUUGCGUGUCGGCACCGAUGAGAGCAUGUUCAAUAUGAUUUUGUGCCAACGUAACUAUCAACAAUUGAAAUUGAUUUUCCAAGAAUACGAAACAAUGACCGGUCACUCGCUGGAGAAGGCAAUUAAAAAGGAAUUCUCCGGUGAUAUAAUGGAAGGCCUAAUUGCCAUUUGUCGUUGUGUCAACAACAAGGCUGAAUAUUUUGCCUCACGUCUACACAAGAGUAUGGCUGGCAUUGGCACCAAUGACAAGCAGUUGAUACGUGUGAUUAUCACCCGGUGUGAGAUCGAUAUGGCCGAUAUUAAGGCUGCCUUUGAACGUAUGUAUGGCAAGAGUCUAAAGAGCUGGAUUAAGGGUGACACAUCGGGUCACUACAAACAUGCCCUAUAUGCCUUGGUGGGGGAACAACGUUCAAAUUCUUAAAACCUGAAAUGGAGUAAUGUUAUACGAAAUAUAUUUUUUUUAAGGGAAGAAGUUCAUUUUAAAAGAGAGAGAGAGAGAGAGA